AAGUGGCGGAGGAAACAGUACACACGUGUUUACUUCGCUGAAGGUUACAGAAGCAGCAUCAGCAGCCGGCAGAAGUCCCAUCGACUGUCCGCUGUGGAGGCCCGGCAGGACGGACUGAGUGUGCGGCUGAAGGCGGGAGUGAGCAGAGGUGAAGCGCGGACAUGGAUCCCAUGAAGGCCCAGCAGCUGGCGGCGGAGCUGGAGGUGGAGAUGAUGGCAGACAUGUACAACCGAAUGACCAACGCCUGCCACAGGAAGUGUGUGCCGCCACACUACAAGGAGGCAGAGCUGACAAAAGGGGAAAGUGUGUGCCUGGACCGCUGCGUGGCCAAAUACCUGGACCUCCAUGAGAAGCUGGGACGCAAGCUGACAGAUCUGUCUGUGCAGGACGAGGAACUGAUGAGGAAAGCAGCUGUCGGGAGCGGAUAGAGACACUGAUGAAGGAAAUGACAUGGGGCAGGGGGGCGGGUGUUACCGGGUUACGGCAUGGGGUUAGCAUAUCUGGUUUCUAUACAAUAAGAGACUGGUGUUUUAAUGUAAAGGGUGGAUAAACUUAAAAAACAAAACCGUUAAAUUAAUGUUGGGGCCACUGAGACAAACUGCAGACGGGGUUAGAAGACGCACUCAGUGGAACUACUGCAUCUCGAAACAGCUCAGAGCGUCCAACUGCGUCUUUGGACCAGUGUGAUUUGUUUGGUCCUCAAGUCAUCUGCAAACUGACUGAGAGGAGAAAGACUUGGGACAUUUAACGUUUAUGUAAGUCCCACUUUGUGCUUGUUUUCAGCUGCUUUGUUGCUGCUGCUGAACCUGUGUGAUACCAUCCAUGUGGUACUUGCUGCUGGUUUAAACAAGCACUAUUGAUCUGAAAUCAACCUUUGAUCCUAAGUCACUCUUUGAACAGUUUUUUU